AUGGUGGCCAUCGGUCAGACGUCGAUGAGGCAGGGUGACAGCGAGGAGGGGCGUUUGAGAAAGCUGGUGCGGGACCGGCAAAGCGCGAGCGCGCGGAGAGAGAGUAGGCAGAGAGGGCGACUGGCGACGUCGUUGUCGACGUUCGCGAGCGCGGAUGCGGACGCUGUGUCGGAUGAGGUGCUGGAAACGCAGGGGUUGGGGGGGAUGCGAAAUCUCCUGGUGAUGGAUCCGAGAGAGGCGCUGCAGACGCUGCUCGGAUACGGGCAGACGGCGCGGGAUCGCUUCGUGGAUUUCAAAGUCCGGGCGAAAUCGCGAACGGCGUGGAUCAUCGCGGCGAUUAGACAGGGUAAUUUGUACCAUCAGUGUCUCGUCAACAUGAUCACAUGGCUUGAGAGCGAGCGUCUUGAGGACGAGGCGCGCUUUCUUGCGAUCGAACAACUGUUCAAAGCUGUAUCGCAGAAACCGUCGGAGCAAGAGCUGGACACCGCGGUCGAUAGAUUCCACGAUAUGGUGAAUCGUUACACGAAAGAACGCCAGCGUAUUGAAGAUUUCGAGAAGGAGAAGGUCAUGAAAAUCCUCAGGCGCGCGUCAAGCGCAUCCAUUCUACAGGCCAAAGCUUCGGGAAAGUUUGACAAGCCAGAGAAGGAACGGGAGAACUUGGGAGAAGAUCUUUACGAACAGGAAGAAGACAACUCAGAUAAGAAUAUCGACGACGCCAUCGCUUCAGUCUCCGCCGAAGGCGACGAGGAUGACUCCGAGGAGGAACUCCUCAACAACCAAUAUGCCGUGCUGAGGGAGGCUUACGAUGCUUCUCCCUUCCUCCGCACGACGAGUGGUAAGCUCGUACAGACGAAACUUACGCAAAAGCCUGCGCGUCUGUCGAUGGAUAGGGAAUUUCUCAAUGAGGACACGAUCGGUUACGCCGUUGGGCACAAUGCGACAACGACAGAUGUCACCCGAGACUUGUCAUCGUUAGCAAAGAAAAUCCUCUCAGAGGAGGCUGCGGAGGGUAGACAAGAUCCUGGUCCUACGAGGGCAGAGUUUGGAGCGAAACGUAGCUUGAGUGUACGUUCGGACGACGACACGAGUCAGGUGAGCAGUGCGACUGGAUCGACUCAGAACAAAUCGCAGUUGCGGGCGAUGUUUGCACAUUCGCUGCAAUCUCUACAGAACAAGGAUCUGUUCAAGACAAUGGUGCGCCUGUUGAGAACACAGAUCUGGGAGGCGUUCGAAGAUCCCAGCAGCUCUCAAGGGGCGUACUAUUUAGUGCUGUUCUCCAUGAUAUUGAUAUUCCUAUCGUGUGUCACGUUCUGUGUCGAGACAAUGCCAAAGUACCGACUGGCCGGUGUAUCAAAAGACGUCUUCCGAUCGUUGGAGAUUUUCGUGAUAAUCAUGUUCACGCUCGAAUACGUGUUGCGCUCAGUGUGCUGCCCACGCUGGCGUCGUUUUAUAACCCAUCCGCUCAACGUGGUCGAUCUGGUGGCGAUAUUACCGUUUUACCUCGAGCUAUUUCUCCCGCUUUCUGUGUCAGGUUUUCAAAUAUUACGCAUGGUCAGACUGGUCCGAGUUUUAAGGCUUGUGAAGCUCGGUUCAAAGUUUCGACGGCUUUCGAUAAUCGCAACAUCUCUCGCCGAGUGCUCUGAUAUGCUCCUCGUGUCUUUAGGGAUUGCUGGCGUGAGCAUGGUGACUUUCUCAACGCUCAUUUACUAUGCUGAGCAUGGGGACUACGUUGCGGCGUCGGGUUUUUACUCGAGAAAGACGGACGUCGUGUGCGAGGGUGUGAGUGAUAACGUGACGUCAAUCUACCUGAGUGAUGGAUCGCUGGUGAACGGCUGCUACCGCGUGGAGAGUCCGUACAAAAGUGUUCCCGCCUCCUUUUGGUGGUGCGUGGUGACUCUCAUGACGGUGGGUUACGGCGACAACGUGCCGGUGACGGUGUCUGGUAAGCUAGUCGCGAGCAUGACAAUGGUGGCGUCAGUUUUACUGCUAGCUUUGCCUAUUUCUGUGAUCGGUACCGAGUUCACUCGUCAAUGGCUCGCGUACAGGAUCGAUGCAGAAGUUGAGAAUGGAAGAAAACUCGUCGCACCGAGGGCCCGCAAGGUCUUCGAUGCGUUGAAGUUGCAAGCGAAGAAAGCAGAAGACGCGCAGUUGGACCUUCGCGCGAGAGCGAUCGACUUGGAUGAUAGAGUACAGACAAUCAAGUCCAUCGUACAGCGCAGGAAAGGAGAGUCGACUUACGUGCGGAGGAAGCUGGCAAUCAAGAGCAACAUCACGAAGGGCAGCGUUGACAAAUUGCGCUCUACGUUGAAUAUUGAUGACUUGGACCGCGAGCUUUAUGGGCUGUUCAUGAGUCAUAGGGAUUUGAAGACCACCGAACGCGAAGUCCGCACCAUUUGGAGCGGGCAAAAACUUUUGCAGUACACUGAGUUCUUGAUCUCGGCAGAGAAUGUCGUACAAAGUCUGUGCAACGACGAUUUCGAGUUGGUAACCCAAGAGAUUGGCUCGCUAUUCUUUGACAUCUGGCGUGCUCGAGUGCAGCUCGCCAGCGCGUAUCGUCCCAAGCAAGAAGCUCCGGCCGCGGCUCCUUAA